CUCAGCUCGCCCUCGACAGACGCACCGAGCCUUUCAUCGCCACAAUGACCUCGAACCGUCGUCUGCCGUUGUCGGCCCAUGCAUCCGAUAUCAGAGCUCAAGGACGGACUACCGGUAGAAAGAAAAUCUAGUGUAAGGUAAGUAGGACGAUCAGUUGCAGCUCCGACUUUGUCUUUGGAGCUCCCGGCAAGACGCGCCUAGUUUAUUACGUCACGGCUACCGCAGCAAUCUAAGGCGUCUGGACCAACCUCGUUUCGCUCAACGGGGGCAGGGCAACUCUCUCCCAUCUGUUAAUAUCAUUCUCCGGGGCUCGUAUUGCCCGGAAGGCUGAGAGAUAGACGGCAUCUUGAUUCUUGAGUGCUUUGCCAGCAGGUACUGACUGAGUACCUAUCCUCGCCGACAUACAUGGACCCACCAACGAGUGCGGGCGCUGUCAGCCCAGGAAUUGGCAGGUCGUUGUCCGUGUCAAUCGGUGCUUCGGGGGACACGCCGGCCGCGGUCCGUCGCAACACCAUACCGCCCGAUGAUGGUGCAACGGCCCAUCGCCGAUCCACUCACCCCCAGCUUAGCUUCGAGCCAUUGCCCGAGGUCCCACGCGCCCGCCGAAGCUCUACUUUCUCUGCAUAUAGCUUGAGCGAAGCAAGCCGGGACCUUCAAAAUGAGAUUAUCGACCCCGGGCCUGCCAUGCUGCAUGAGGAAACUACGUGGCGUUCCUGGCUGCCUCUGAUGUUCGCCGUGUUACCCCCCAUCGCCGGGCUCAUUUUCAAGAAUGGCAGCCUAUUCUUCAGCGAUAUCCUCCUCCUAGGACUCGCCGCCGUGUUCCUGCACUGGUCUGUCACGGCGCCAUGGAAAUGGUAUCACUCUGCCCAACAAGUCCGGGAGGAAGAAGAGGUUCUGCUGGAAGCAGCAGUUGUCGACGACAGCGACGCCGAGGGCAAUAUAAAAUCGCCAUCGCCAAAGCCUGACACGGAGCGCGUUGCAGAGGGGAACGGGCGCGCAUCGCCGUGUGAAGCAAUUAAGGCCGAGAGGGCACGGCUUGCCAAUGACGCCUUGAGCAAGUUGAGAUCGCAGGAGGAAAUGGCGCUCUGGGCAUGCUUCAUCGCACCGGCACUAUCAACUUAUCUGUUGUACGCUAUACGGAACUCACUGAGCCGGCCCUCCGAAGGACUUGUGUCGAAUUUCAACCUCACCAUCUUCUUUCUGGCCGCUGAGAUCAGUCCGCUCUCGCACUCCAUCAAGCUCAUUCAGUCGCAUACGCUUCACCUGCAGCGUAUUGUUCACGCCAAUCCCUACCGGGAGAACCGGAUCACGUCGACGCAGUGGGAGGAAAUGAUGAGUCGCAUCGCCGACCUUGAAGCACGGGUGGCCUUGCACGAAACUGCACAGCCGGCUAGUCCAACAGUGUCUGAGGACCUCGCGCAGCAAACGAAGCAGAUGCAGGCGAACCUCGUUCGAGAGGCCCGGACGGCUGUCCAGCCCGAGAUUGACGCUCUCAACCGUGCGGUAAGGCGCUAUGAGAAGAAGGCCAGGAUUUUGGCGGACGAGACCGAGGCCCGACUGCGCGAUCUCGGUUCGCGCGUCGAUGAUGCCAUUUCCCUGUCGGCUGUGGUGGCUUCACGCAAAAGCUCCGGGCAGUGGAGUAUCCUUGGAUGGUUGAUGGAUAGCGUCUUGUAUUUCCUAAUGUUGCCUUUCCGAGCCGUCGUCAAGAUGGCCAUUCAUACGCUCAGGAUGGUUUCGGCGAGCCUGGGUGGGCGGAGGAAGGGGUUCAGGGAUGGAGACAUGGUUAGGCCCGGAAAGGGUCCACGUAUGAGCGCGAUGCGCGUGACCAGGAGACCGUGAUGGGAAUUUGGAAUUUCCCACGGGGCAACAGUAGGAUAAUCUGACUCCUGCACAGUGUUUUGCCCUGCCUUCCGGAUUAUGUGCAAUGCCGAGCCCAGUUCGCCUCGACGUUAAGGCACGGACUGCUGGAUUAAAGAUUACAGGCAGUCUUCCGUAGGAGAGGCCAUUCGUAAGCAGUAGCCAUGAGGUAAAGGAGAAUCGGGAGGUC